GUUCCGUGUUUACAUUGCAGCCAGAUUUCAGAGAGACAAAAAAAAGAGAUGUCGAGAACACGGUGGUGAUCGGAGGAAAUCGAGUGGGCAUUCACACAUUAUCUCUGUCAGAGGUGAAAAUAUGUCUUCUGCCUGUCCACCUCAGUCACCAGCUGUUGCAAAAACAGAGAUUCCCUUGGACAGUGGGUCACCUUUGUUGGCUGCUACUUUUGCGUACUGGGACAACAUUCUUGGCCCGAGAGUGAGACAUAUCUGGGCUCCAAAAAGUGAACAGCUGCUGCUAAGUGAUGGCGAAAUAACAUUUUUGGCAAACCACACCUUAAAUGGUGAGAUUCUUCGGAGUGCCAAAAGUGGAGCUAUCGAUGUCAAGUUUUUUGUACUGUCAGAGAAAGGGGUAAUCAUCAUCUCAUUGAUAUUUGAUGGCAAUAUGAAUGGUGACCGUAGUACUUAUGCUCUGUCAGUAAUAUUGCCACAAACUGAACUAAGUUUCUACCUACCUCUGCAUAGAUUGUGUGUGGACAGACUAACACACAUUAUUAGAAAAGGAAGAAUAUGGAUGUAUAAGGGACAAAGCAUUAUAUCUUUCUUAACAACAGAGAUCACACCUGUCAUGGAAUUAUUUUCAUCCAUGAAAACAUAUGGCGUUCUAGAAGAAGUUCAAAUCAAGGAUACCCUUUUGAAUGAUGAUGAUAUUGGUGACAGCUGCCGUGAAGAUUUUCUGCACAAGGCCAUUAGCUCUCACUUGCAGACAUGUGGGUGUUCGGUUGUCAUAGGAAGCAAUCCAGAAAAAGUGAAUAAGAUGGUUCGAACAUUGUGCCUUUUCUUAACUCCAAAUGAACGAAAAUGCGCACGACUUGCUAAUGCUAGUGGUUCUUUCAAAUAUGAUUCAGGUCUUUUUGUUCAGGGCCUUUUAAAGGAUGCUACCGGUAGCUUUGUGCUGCCUUUCCGUCAAAUUAUGUAUGCUCCAUACCCAACCACACACAUUGAUGUUGAUGUGAAUACAGUCAAGCAGAUGGCCCCAUGCCAUGAACACAUUUAUAACCAGCAGAGUUACAUGAGCCAGGAACUUCACAAACUUCAAAAGACUGCAUCAGAAGAAGAUGUGAUCCCUGAUACUGUAAUUCAUAUGGAUGAGAGUUUCACUCCUGAUCUGAAUAUUUUCCAGGACAUGAUGUAUCGGGAUACAUUGGUAAAGUCAUUUUUAGAUCAGAUUUUUCAGCUCAAAUCUGGCUUGUCCCUCAGAAGCAUUUUUCUGUCACAGUUUCUCCUUGUACUUCACAGAAAAGCUCAAACAGUGAUAAAAUACAUAGAGGAUGAAACCCAGAAGGGAAAGAAGCCAUUUAAAUCCUUGCGCAAUCUGAAAACUGACCUUGAUCUUGCAGUGGAAGGUGACUUGGCUAUUAUCAUGGCUAUAGCUGAGAAAUUAAAACCAGGCUUACAUUCAUUUAUUUUUGGAAAAUCAUUCUACACCAGUGUACAAGAACGUGAUGUAUUAAUGUCACUUUAGAGACGUGUAUUGCAUUUCACAUUAUGAAUAAUUGUGUGUCUACUUAUUGCAGAUAGCUAAUUAACAUGACGGUGUAAUUAUGAUAAUGCAUGUAUUGAAAUUAAUGUCAAACCAAAUAGUUUACAAUGUUUGUAUUUGACACAACCAUGGAACAGCAGUCAAUAAAUAAAAC